AUGGCUCAAGCACCGGUCUCAAUGGCCAAAGCCCUCGAAGGCCUUACUGGACCUUUCGUGGUCGGAACCGCUGUCAGCACAUUUCUGUUUGGUGUCACUCUUGCUCAAGUCUACACCUACUUCUCAAACUUCAAAACCGAUCGAGCUAUCCAUCGCUACUCAGUCAUCGCCCUAUUCGUUCUUGACAUCCUUCACACUGCAUUCAGUCAAGUCACUCUCUGGCAAUGGUUUGUUGCCCACUACGGAGAUCCUACUGCAGUUAUUAAGGCACCGUGGUCGUUUGCUAUGAGUCCUGUGAUGUGCGGGCUCGCGGCAUUCGCUGUCCAAAUCUUCUACGCCCAUCGGGUUUACUUGCUCUCCAGUCAACGUAUGGUGAUUCCUGGAUUCAUUGCGUUCGGUGCAUUAUUUCAAUUGGUCUGGGCAGCCGGUGCCACCGCCAAGGUUUUCCAGAUCCAGUACUUCCAGGGAUUUCAAGUCUGGACUUAUGGCGUAGCUUGCUGGCUCGGAGGGGCGGCGGUCACUGAUUUGCUGAUUACGAGUAGUUUGGUUUGGAUCCUGCUGAACUCGAAGCGUGGAAUCCGCCGAACCAACAACAUCAUCGAUCGCCUGAUUUCUCUUACCAUCGAAACUAACGGCCUUACCUUCACCGUCGCGGUUUUGGAUUUGAUUCUCUUCGCAGCCUUCAAGGAUGCGUCACACGUCGGGCCCCAUUUAUGCCUUGUCAAGCUCUACAUCAACUCAUUCUUGGUCACCUUGAACUCGAGAGAGAAACUCGCCGAGGAAUUCGGUGGCUCUCGAACUAUCCACACGUCUGCCCCAAGGAACGGACCAGGAAACACCGACGCCUCCAAGCUCUCGUGCACACUGGCGCCCAGCCACCUUCAGACGGAUUCUCUGGCGAAUGAAAAGGCCAAUGUCAUGUUCGACGCGCCAGAAGGUAUCCGAGUCUGCACAACUGCCACUCUGAGCGCCAACUUGAUGACCAGCGACUCGGAGCUUACCCACACCGGCUACAACGCUGGCUCGAUGCGCCCAGACCAAUCCAACGGGUUUACCUCUGACAUUGUCGGCGGAACCGACCAAAACAAGAUCUACAACGACAUGAGGGAGAAAAACAUGGUCUGA